UUUAGAUAAAUCACGAAGACAUGGUAAAAUUCGAUUGAUUUGCGUUAACUUAUCAAAAAACAGGUCUUUGCAAGUCGCAGUUGAAGACAACAGUUGCAAUUGCAGUAGCUGCAGUAUGAUACACACAGAGUGGUACAUAUGGUAUUUCUCAGUACCCAAGCCCUUCCAAAUAUCCCUAAGCAGUGGGGAUAACAGUUCUAUUAACAUAAUGAGGAAUUAAUGAGAAAUUCUUCGCCACUUUGUCAAGAUCAGAAUCAUGACAACAAUCGGUAGGAGAAGGCUAUUUGUUAAAUAGAAUCGGAUCCUCCCGCCAGAUAACGCAAAGUUCGGAAAAGCAGGAUCGAAGAGCGCAAGAAAGUCGAACCCUCAUUUGUUUUGAGGGAUCGCGCCAUCUAUUGUCCGGCGCCGCUCCAAACUUCGAGUGUCCAUAGACUGUGAUUCUGCACUGGUGAAUGGAGAUACCGACACCCGAAAUUCCCCUUGAUAGAGCGCUCAGUCAGACACGACAGAGUGGAUGUAUGGUUAGGACUGUGGCAUCUGGUCGCGCCACUGGGUGAGGGAAAAGGGCCGCGCCGGUGCCGCACGACAGCGCUAUGACCAUCGCAAUGAUAGCCAAUCAGGACCCACAGGAGGGCCCACCAAAUACCCCACCUCAGGGAGGGGAUGGAGAAGUGCUGGGUGAGGGGGAAGGGGAGGAGAUGGGAGCAGGUGAACCAGACUUUCCACUGGCUGCAUUGGCUCGGCUAGAUGAGAUGAUCCAUCGGCAAAGAUGGGUUGUACCAGUCUUGCCAAAGUGCGAGUUGGAGCUGCUCUUGGAUGCCUCCAUUGAUUUGUGCACCCGUGGUUUGGACACAAGAAGUGAAGCAUGCCAGAGGUUCUUCCGUGAGGGUCUUACUAUCUCAUUCACUAAAAUUCUUACGGAUGAAGCAGUUAAUAGUUGGAAAUUUGAAAUUCAUAGGUGUAUUCUCAAGAACUGUGAAAAAUUAAUUGAACUAGUGGUAGUGAAACUGCACCAAGACUGGUUUCCCUUACUUGAUCUACUUGCAAUGGUGCUCAAUCCUAAUUCCAAGUUCCACACCUUCAAUGGAACCCGCCCCUCGGAGACAGUACCUCAGGGGUCCCAGAUUCCAGACUCUGAGCUAUUUGCUCGGCCUCCUGACCCUAGGAAUCCUAGGGGUUGGCUGGUAGAUCUUAUCAACCUCUUUGGCAAACAUGGAGGCUUCCAGAUUCUCCUAGAAAGAUUCCAAUCUGGCAAGAAUCUAUCAGUUCCAGUGAUUUGUGCUCUCCUCCGACCAUUUGGCCAAUGCUAUGAGAUGCUCACAAUACCUACUAUAGAAAAAUAUUUCAUGUCUAUUGUAGAGGUAGUCCCAGCCUUCUUAGAAAACCUCACUGAUGAUGAAUUGAAGAAAGAAGCCAAGAAUGAGGCCAAGAACGAUGCACUGUCAGCAAUUAUCAAAGCCAUUAAGUGCCUGGUGUCCCGUGUGCCCAGUCAGGAGGAGACGGCCAAGAACUUGGAAAUAUUUAGGUUGAAAAUGAUACUCAGGUUAUUGCAAAUAUCAUCCUUUAAUGGGAAGAUGAAUGCUCUAAAUGAAGUAAACAAAGUGAUUACCAAUGUGUCCUAUUACUCCCACCGUCAUGGACCUUUUGAGGAAGAGGAAUGGCUGACAGCAGAGCGCAUGGCAGAAUGGAUCAAGGAAAAUCGUGUCCUACAGAUCGUAUUGCGUGAUUCACUCCAUCAGCCUCAGUAUGUAGAGAAGCUAGAGAAGAUCAUUCGCUUUAUCAUUAAGGAGAAGGCUUUGACUCUAGAGGAUCUAGAUGAUAUCUGGGCAGCGCAGCAUGGGAAACAUGAGGCCAUUGUGAAAAAUGUGCACGAUCUCUUGGCCAAGCUUGCAUGGGAUUUUUCCCCAGAACAACUUGAUCACCUUUUUGGAUGCUUCCAGACAAGCUGGAGUCAAGCUAGUAAAAAACAACGUGAGAAACUCUUAGAAUUAAUCCGAAGACUAGCAGAAGAUGACAAGGAUGGUGUCAUGGCUCACAAGGUAUUAACAUUGCUGUGGUCCUUAGCACAUUCAGAUGAUGUUCCAACAGAAAUAAUGGACCAGGCUCUCAAUGCUCAUGUUAAGAUUUUAGAUUACUCAUGCUCACAGGAUCGAGACACCCAGAAAAAGCACUGGCUUGACAGAUGUGUGGAGGAACUCAAGCAUGAUAAGUGGGUCCUCCCAGCACUGAAACAGAUACGAGAGAUAUGUUGUUCAUACAGUGAGGCUCCACCUAACUUCUCACAACACCAGCGCCCAACUCCACACGUCAGCUACCGUCAUGAUGUUAUAUCCAAGCUACAGAAUCAGCACUCACUAGUGGUCCUUGUGGCAGAUAAUCUCACAACUUAUAUGAAGAACAUUAGACUAGCUGCAAAGGAAAAUCCGGACCUGAAUCCAGCAGAAAUAAUUCCAGAUGGCCGAUACAACCACAUUUGUCAAGUUCAGGAGCGGCUAAAUUUUCUCAGGUUUCUGUUAAAGGAUGGUCAGUUAUGGCUGUGUGCACCUCAGGCCAAACAGAUAUGGAACUGCUUGGCAGAAAAUGCUGUCUUCACUGUUGACAGAGAAUCGUGUUUUAAGUGGUUUUCAAAGUUAAUGGGUGAUGAACCAGACCUUGAUCCAGAGAUUAAUAAAGAUUUCUUUGAAAACAAUAUAUUGCUUCUGGAUCCCUCGUUAUUGACUGAAAAUGGCAUGAAGUGCUUUGAUAGAUUUUUCAAGGCUGUAAAUUCAAAAGAGGGCAAGCUGGUUUUGAAGAAACGUGUAUACCUCAUGGAUGAUGUUGAUCUAAUUGGUGUUGACUAUGUUUGGAGGGUUGUACUCUGUGGAACUGAAGAUAUUGCUAGCCGUGCCAUUGAACUUCUGCGAGAGACAUUCACUAAUCUAGGACCAAGACUCCAAGCAAAUCAAGUCAUUAUUCACGAUGACUUUCUGUCUAGUUGUAUGUCCCGGCUAAAGGCAAUGUAUGACACUGUAUCAGUGUUAGAUCGGGAUAAAGACUCGGUUAACAGAAUUAGGCAAGAGACUACAAGAAUGUGUCGUGUCCUUAAAGUUUUAUAUGAAUACGUGUCAGAAUGUGAUGGCGAUUUUGGGGAUGAUCGUUCCAUUUUGCCACUUGGAAGAUCGUCAAGGGGCAAGCAUUUGUCGCUCUUGGUGCGGUUCCCUGUGCAGGGUCGGCAACCAGAUGAACUAGAUGUUUGGACUCAUACCAAUGAUACUAUGGGAGCAAUCAGAAGACAGGUUUUGCACCGUCUGAAGUCAACAGCUCCAAAUGUAAAAGUCGAACUCUACUUGAAUACUGACCCCAUAGAUCCAGUCGAUGACAAGAAGAUUAUAGCACACAUGCCUCUCAGAGAUAAAAUGGUAUUGACAGCCAAGCUAGUCCAAGUGGGAAGUAACAUGCCAUCAUCUCCAGACAGUUCCUCAGAUUCUUCAACAGGUUCCCCACAACACCCUUAUGAGGGACCGAAUGUUGAUGCAGAAAAUUGUCUUCCUGGUGUUAUAAUGUCAGGCCAAGCAAAGUAUACACAAUUCCUCCUGCAAUUAGCAGACUUGGGCUGCACUUUACAACUACCACAAUUGAGAGAUAGUGCACGUGCUCUUCUUGAAAUAAUGCCAGCAGACCAGUAUACAGUUAACAAUUUACGAACUCUGUGUAUGGAGCAUGCAAAGAUUGGAGACCAGAACAUGUCUCCUUCUUUAGAGAGCAUUGUCUUUUCACCAUCCCCAUCACAAGUCCUCUAUAACUUGCAGGUAUUAUAUUCUCUCCUCAUGCCUGCACAUAACCCUAUGUCAGAAAAGGCACAUGAAUUCCAGUACAAUUUCAUGAAAAGUGGAGGAGUUAAGCUAAUCAUUGAUAUGCUGUCCAAAAACAACUUCCUUUCAAACACAGAUAUGCCCACCAAAAGAUCGGCCUUCUUAGUGGUGUUGAAGCUGGCAAAGUUGGCAUUUGUGACUGUAGGGUAUGCCAUUGUUGGUGUUGUAGCUGGAGCCGUGACUUCAAGUGGUACAGCCACAACAGGGAGUAAUGGUGGCUCAGAGGGAUCCUCUCCAUCAGGUGGUGGAGGUUUGGCAGCAUCCACGCACACACAAGCUUUAGUGCUCCAAGAAGCACUGCAUCACAUCCCCAACCCAGCCUCAGACUGCAUGGUGCGGAAUGUGGCAUCGCGUCUGGCGCAAUCGCUUCACGACCAGGUCACUAUCACAUCAUGUCUCUGGGCGCACUUUGUAACUGGUGUGGUCCCUGACAUGAGUGUGGUCAGAGCUAUCCUCAAAAUUACCUGGGCAUCAGCAGCUGGUCAGGGCCAUCUCAUCACUUCAUCUCUUGAUGAAAUUGAAAAGGCAGCAGAGAGACCGCCAACAAAACCUCCGGAUCCAGAGGAUCUUUGUGUGUGCCGUGAGGGUCUGGAAACACUGUCAGUAGUUCUAGCCCUUUAUCCCCCUGCUCUUGAAACCUUGACCAAGGACACCCAGUUCCACAAACUUGUGAUGGGGUUGGUGUUAGUAGGCGGCGAGCGAAGCAUACGGCAAUGUGCAGUGGAGCAGCUCUUGCUUAUGGCUACCAAAUGCUCGAACUCACCCCACACCCUCGUCGUCUUUAUUGUCAUGCUGUUCAAUGUUCUCAAUGGCCUCAAUAGCGAGUACUCGAAAGAAUAUUUUCAGCUGUUGUGUGGAUUGCUAAACUGGGCGUGUGUAUCAAGUGUGACUGUAACAGGCGUUGACCGCCUACUUACCACGGAGGUGGAGUGGUUGAAGAAUGUCAGAGCCAGUGUAGCUCAGAUGGCCCAAGGUGGACCAGAGCCCCCAGUAGAUGAAACUUUGUUGGAAGGCCAUCUCUGUGUAACAAGGGAGCUUGUAGCCUUCCUCCCUCCUGAGAAGAAAUAUGAAAUUGGUGGUGAUCCUUCCAAAGGAAUUUUUCUCAUUAGGGAACUUGUAGAAGACUUUAUAUUCCCAUUUUCUAAGGUGUACCUUCAAUUAGAGCAUGCCGCAGAGAUGCCUGCUGAGCAGGCCAUACCAGUGUGCUCAACUCAACCGACUGUGAUAGCAGCAUAUGAACUCCUAGUCACUUUAUGUACUGGCUGUGUCCCCAACCUCAGACUGCUGGCAGAAAUGCUCACCAAUAUGUAUUAUUCAGACUGCGAUGAGAGUAUUGGGGAAUGGGAAUAUCUUCCUCCUGUAGGCCCACGACCUAUGAAAGGUUUUGUGGGGUUAAAGAAUGCUGGGGCCACAUGUUAUAUGAAUUCUGUCCUCCAACAGUUAUACAUGAUCCGACAAAUAAGACAUGGGGUCCUAGCAGUGGAAGGCGCAGCAACAGAUCCAGAGGAAGACUUCAGUGGUGAGGAAAGAAUGGAACAAGAGACCAACCUUGAUGGUAAUGAAGAUGAUGCCAUGAGUAGUAGUUCCAAUGAAGAGAGCAGGAAGGAGUACCAUAUUGGUAUACUAAAACAAGUACAAGCCAUCUUUGCACAUCUGGCUUGUUCCAAGCUCCAAUAUUAUGUUCCCAGAGGACUUUGGAAACAUUUUAAAUUGCAAGGGGAACCUGUAAAUUUACGUGAACAACAUGAUGCUUGUGAAUUUUACAAUAUUUUAGUCGAGAGCUUGAAUGAGGCUCUAAAGGCAUUAGGACAUGAACAAAUAAUGAACAAGAUUUUAGGAGGAUCAUAUUCAGAUCAGAAGAUUUGUAAAACUUGUCCACAUAGAUAUUCACGUGAGGAAACCUUUACGGUCAUCAGCAUAGACAUCCGAAACUACAGCAACCUAUAUGACUCGCUUGAACAGUAUGUUAAAGGAGACCUUUUAGAGGGGGACAAUGCCUACCUAUGUGAAAAAUGUGACAAAAAGGUUGAUACUGUAAAACGGAUAUGUUUAAAGAAACUACCCCCAAUUUUAGCAAUUCAGCUGAAAAGAUUUGAUUAUGACUGGGAAAGAGAAUGUUCAAUCAAAUUCAAUGAUUACUUUGAGUUUCCACGUGAGUUAGAUAUGGACCCAUAUACAGUUGCUGGACUCGCUAGAAAUGGAGAACUCAUAGACUACGACCCAGAAGAUAUGAAGACAGUAAUAUGUAGCAAGUACAAGUUGACAGGCAUUGUGGUCCACAGUGGUCAAGCAAGUGGAGGACACUACUAUUCAUACAUUCUUCACAGAAAUGGAAAUGACCAGCGAUGGUACAAGUUUGAUGAUGGGGAGGUGACAGAAUGUAAAAUGGAUGAUGAAGAGGAAAUGAAAAAUCAGUGUUUCGGUGGUGAAUACAUGGGCGAGCAAGUAUUUGAUAACAUCAUGAAAAGAGUUAGUUAUCGAAGACAGAAGCGAUGGUGGAAUGCAUACUUGCUGUUCUACACACGACUAGAUGUGGAGGAAGAUAAUCUCUGCAACUCUAUAAAUGAGCUCAGCAUAGCAGAACGCCCAGGAUUGAUAAAGAUGCCGAGUGCCAUCGAGCGAUCAGUGGUGCGACAGAAUGUUAGGUUUAUGCAUUCCCGCUCCCAGUUUUCUCCAGAGUACUUCCAAUUCCUCAAGAAACUUAUUUUGACCAAUCAACCUUAUGUACUACCAGCACCACAGGACAGGAUUGUUGAGAGUGAGGAGAUAGCUAUGAUCAGUACACAGCUGUGCAGCAAAUUCCUCUUUUCUGUUGGGUUGCAUACAAAGAAGACUUUACGUGGACCAGCGCCAGAGUGGUACGAUGCCCUGCAGGUUCAUUUGCGAGCAUCAGUCCACACCCGGGCAUGGUUUGCUCAGCAGAUAUUAUUUGCCCAGCCACACCGUUUUGUUGAAUAUCUCUUGGAGUGUCCUGCGCCUGAAGUACGGAUGGUAUUUAGCAAGCUUAUAGUACUAGUGGCCCAUUGUGCUCGCAACGAUGGUCCACAGCCACUGGGUUGGGGACCUCUCAAACAUCAUCCUG